AUGAUGUCGGGCAAUUACGACUUCCCACCUGCCUCCACCCGUCCUCGCCGAAGUAGCCCCGAGCAUCAAGAAGACCGUCCCAACAGCGUUACCGCACGGCUACAACAUCUACGGGAACUCUUGAGCUCUGAGAGGCUUCGUGAGCGAGGUGGCUACACGACAGCUCGAGCCCUGGAUACUCUCAACCAAGAAAUAGAAGACCUUCGAUCAGAUCGUGCUCAGGAUAGAACAAACUACGAACAGGCCAGAGCUGCAGUCGACCGGCAACUGCAGCACUUACGGUCAGAUUUGACAUCUUCGCGGGGUGAUAGGAUUAGACGUCGUGUGUCAGAUCGUGACCGUCAAGGGCUGACUUCCCCGCCAACAUCAACUCCCCCCCUGAUGGAGCAGGAACCUAACCCGGCUGGCUCGCAGCCAUCGCCAAGUCGACCCCGACGUCGCGCUUUGAGACCCAGUGAGGCUCUUGCAAGGAUAAGAGAAAGAGACGGUAGAGCCAGAGGGGGUAGCAUGGACACGAGUGGAUUGCAAGCAUUCCAGCAGGGCGCUCGGAUGAGGGAAUCUGAUUCCCCGCUAAGCUCGUUGCUUGACGAACCUACCCCUCCUAUUGCCUCUCCCAGUCUUCUCGCAGACUACACACCAGAUAGAGCAUCGAGUAGAUGGACAGCUAAGAGACGGAAGCUGGAUUCCGAUGACAAGAGAGAAGGGCUUCGAGGGUUCAGUUACGGUCAAUAUGGGCAGGUUGUACCUGGGCCGUUGCAGAUGGAGAUAGUAAGCUGCGAUGGCGGCACUUAUGCGGAGCCUGAUGGGGAGACCUCAUGGCCCGAAAACGUGCUGCUCAAUGACUCUUCAGUGUACUGCACCAAAUCUGACCGGUGCAAUCUGAUCCUGAGACACCGCGGAGAGACACCGUUCUGUCUGAGAAAGAUAGUCAUCAAGGCCCCCAAGUCAGGUUUUGAUGCCCCUAUCCAGGAAGGGAUGAUAUUCGUCUCCAUGUCUUCGGACGACCUACUGGCGCGCACCGCCAGAUACCAGAUUCAAUACUCGCCUUCGCGACGUCGAGCCCGUCGCCAUAGACGAGUUGGAAUGCGACCUUCUGAGGAAUAUGCGAACGCGUUCCGAUCCCCGCUUCGAUCUCUAGAAAGGGCGCUUAUUAGACACCCGGGUUAUCCUGACUCGGAGUUCGAUUUCGCCGGACAGCUUACAUCUACAACCAGAGCGUCAGUCGAUCGUGAUCCCACCUCUGAGUUUAGAGUCACCACAGAGUUUGACGAGAGAUCUGACGAUGGUGACGAUGACCAAGAAAACGACGACGACUUCCCCUCCGCGGCAGAGAUGGAGCGGAUGCAGAUGGUGCAGAUCGAAGAUGAUGUGCUUUGUUCGGAGGAUGAGGACAGCGAAAGUGACGAAGAUGCCAACGAGAUGAGUGCUUUCAAUCGUGGACGCUUGGACAUGCGCAGGCGAAUGAGAGCGGCUCGUCGACAAGAUAUUCUCGGUGAUCAUGACGUCCUACGCAGACGCCGGAUGGCACCUAGUUUGAUUGAACCAGUUAUCCCGUCUUCCACGGAUAAUUAUUAUCCUGACGGGAGUUCAGAGGUGAUGAAACCUCAUGCGCAGUUCUUCAUUGAGCGAGAGAAGAGCAUGGUCAGCAUUAAAUUCGAUCCACCACCAUCCGGAAGAUUUAUCUUGAUCAAACUCUGGAGUCCAUAUAGUGGAGGAAACAUUGACAUCCAGAGUAUCGUCGCAUACGGGUACGCUGGUCCGAGAUUCUUCCCGGCAGGGGACUUUCGGUGA